AUGCCUCAUAAACUCCCAACUACCGGACGCUACCGCAUCUCCAAUGACGUUCUCAUUACCAUCCUCGAGUACUUUGACCCCAACUCCCUGUACCGUACCUGCAAGGUCUUUCCACGCGUGUAUGACGUAGUAAUUCACUUCCAACACUUGCGCUACAAGUUCGAGUUGGCCGUUUCUGGGAUGGCGGACGGGGUCCUUUCUCUUGUCAAGAGGCCCCCGCAGCUCCGCCUCCAGUUACUCGGCGCUUAUAGACGUGAUUGGCCGGUGCUUAAUUGGACUGCUGAGCAGAAACUCCAGUUACCUGCUAGCGCAAACCUCUUCACCGUCUCCGCUGAAUUCCUCAUCCACGGCAACGCUCAUGCUCUCCAACUUCAAGAACUUCCUUCCACUCGACUCCAUCGUCCUCCAUCCCAGACCCGUCAUGUCCAAUACGGGACUGCGCCACAGUCCGAUGCUGUCGUCGUUGACCCGUCCCAAGGCUUACUUAUUUCCGGCUUUGGGAUCACUGGUCCUGCUGGACAGAUAGGUAUACGCUUGAAGAUUAGAGAUAUCUGGAAGUUCGACAAGCAUCCACACGCACCAGCACCUUUCUAUGAAUGUCCGGUUCAGGUACAAGUGCCAAUCCAGAAGAUGACCCUCUCCAUUUGUGGAUCCAGGCUUGCGGUCUCCUUGAAGUUUGCCAACGGUACCGCCAAGCAACUCCUUUUGGAUUGGCGAUCCUUCAGGGCCAUGUGGAUGGAGGAGCAUGACGUCCACUUCCUGAGCGUUAAAUAUCUUCUCGGAGCCAAAGUCUAUCAAGGAACCCCGGUCAUCCACCUUUACAACAUCAUGGACCUGCCUCGGGUCUUUAUUGAACGAGAAUACGAGCUACCAUCCCACUGGGCGAACGCAGAACUCAACUUCUUGCCGAACUCGACACUCACUAUUGACGGCGUUCCGAACCCAAGGGCCCUGUUCUUCUCAGAUCCCCUCGUUCGGGUUCUAGUACUUACUGCCAAACAAAUAUCCGACCCUCAAGGCCCGGCGCAAUGGCUCAUGAUUAACGAAUCUUACUUCAGGCCUACCAGCCGACCGGAUCGACGACAUGUUCCCUGGGUCCAUUCAGCCAAUUUCAGCCUCAUCAGAAAUGUGCCUGCACUCCCGGUCGUCCGCAGCCCACAGGUCGUUGGCAAUCGAGUCAUUUAUCUCGAGUCCGACGCGCCUUCCUCAGCAGGACGAGGCUACUCCACCCGUAUCUGCACCAUCGAGUUCCCAGCUUACCCUGAGCAUCGCCCAUCUACACGAGGAGGUUGGGCUUAUGUCGGUCCCCAAUCGGCCUUGGUGCCCAAGGAGUUCUCCAAAGAGCUCUCGACCAGCAUCACGCGAGGUGCCGUCGUCGAGGUGAUGUCUGUCACCGAGGACAACAUAGUUUUCUUCCUGGAACCGCGUCACGGAAUGCGAGAGGUCUUCCUGAUGAGCUUCGGCGCUUCCAUCUAA